AUGAAGACUGAUGCAUCCUGGGACAAUAUAACGUGCACAGAGAGAAGAAACUUCAUGUGUUAUAAACAAGAUCAGACUGACCUCACCUUCAGCUAUCACCUGAUCACUGAGAAUAAGACCUGGUAUGAAGCUCAGAGUUACUGCAGGAAGAACUACACUGAUCUGGUCAGCAUCAGAGAUCAGGAGCAGAAUGAAGCAGUGAAGAUAGCAGGGAUGAAGAGCAGUGAUUCCUUCUGGAUUGGUCUGCUGCGUGAUGACUGGGAGUGGGCUGAUGGAGGAAGAUCUGCUUACAGAAACUGGGAUGCUGGUCAACCUCGACCAUCAACAACAUCACACUGUACACAGCUGAAUAAUGGGAAAUGGCAAAAUGUGCCAUGCAGUAAUACUCCGAUUCCUGCUGUUCUGUGCUACAACACAUCUGUUAAUGUCAGUGAUGACCGUAGGAGUGGGAUGAGCGACACUCUGAACUACUGUAAGAAAGAACAAAACAAUCGUCUGAGAACUUUCCAUCUCAUAGAGAAGAACCUGACUCAGUCUGAAGCUCGAGCAGCUUGUAGAGAGAACUACACUGAUCUGGUCACUGUGUAUAAUGAUGAAGACAUCACUGCACUGAUCAGACUGACUGGUAUCGGCUCUGCAUGGACCGGUCAGAACAACCUUACCUUCAGCUAUCACCUGAUCACUGAUCAGUCUCUGACCUGCUUCCCUCCAUGUCAGUGA